GGGUGAGUGGCAGGCAGGAGUUGUUUACUGGGCGAGAGGCUCCUCGCGCAAGGAGAGGAGACACGGAAAGAGGGUCAACCUGACGGACCGAGACACAACGAACCACACGGACACGAACGGCAACUUUUUACACGCAAACAGUUCAUUUUUCAGAGACGUUUCUUUUUUACUUUUCUGUACCUCAUUUCGAUCGCAACGUUGGAGACGAUCACGCGAGUUGGACGUGUGGGUUUUCUCUCUAUUUCAACUCCAGCGCCGACGCGGAAAGCUGGUUUGUUUUGGAUUAGCUAGCUAGCUAGUCUUAGCUACACCCUCCUCGUUCGUCUUUUUCUUGCUCUUCUUCCUUCCAGCGGCUAAUCCGAGGGAAAAUAAAAGGGCAGCGUGGUUGACUUUUCCGCCCCACUUCAACGGAGCCGUCAUUUUUAAGGGAAAGAAGUGACAAUUAGCUCCCACGCUUGUCCUUGUUGCUUGGUCAGCCCCCCCUCCCACCGCCGUUUUGGACGUAUUACGGUGUUGGCUGCUGCUACCUCGGAGGGGUAAAGGAGUUCACGGGAUAGUCGUAGCGCCACAUCCAGGCACGUUUUUCCAAAAGGGAGUUUGAUCUCGCUGGAAUGCGCGCUGUACUCCUCGGCGUCAGACGCUGAAGACUUUAUUUCCCUCUUUUUUUCCGCCUAGUGAUUAAUGGACUAAAGCUUCCCAGUUGGAUAGUAGCACAAUCGAGGAGAACACAUGACGGUGGACUGUCGCCUUCACCUAUGGAAAAUGAAGAUUUAUAUCCAAACGUGUGUCGCCAUAAACCAAGAUCAUCGUUUUUAGGGAACACACCCCGAACUCGGGCCAGAGGAGAUCCGAGAGGGGCACCCCUUGAAUAAAGUGAUAGAUUAUCAGACUUUUUUUUUUUUUUUCCCCGAGGGUGUCCACAUUGGAGUUGUUUUGAGGGGAGGAGGGGAAGUUUGACGUGUCCCCUUGUCAAAAUGAGGCGGUGGACGCUUAAACUGGGCGCACAGUUUGUGCUUUGGAUCUUUUGCAUCGUUUGCCAGCAUGGACUCAAUCAAGGAGAAAUUUGUCAGAGUAAAGACAUUCGCAACAACGCGACCAACCUCCACUCACUGGAGAACUGCACCAUCAUCGAGGGCCACCUGAAGAUCCUGCUCAUGUUCAAGACCAAGACCGAGGACUUUCGGGGUCUUAGCUUCCCAAAGUUGCAAGUGGUGACCGACUACAUGCUGCUUUUCCGGGUCUACGGCCUCGAUUCCCUCACCGAUCUCUUCCCGAACCUGACUGUGAUCCGAGGGAACAACCUCUUUUUCAACUACGCCCUCGUUAUUUACGAGAUGCUGCAGCUGAAAGAAGUGGGCCUUCACAGCCUCAUGAAUAUCACUAGAGGGGCUGUGAGGAUUGAGAAGAACCCAGAUCUCUGUUACCUGGCCACUCUGGACUGGUCUAAGAUCCUUGACACAGUGGAAGACAAUUACAUUGUUGAGAACAAGAACGAAAGAGAGUGUGGUGACGUGUGUCCCGGCACGGCCCAAGGUCAGACGGUCUGCCCACAGAACACCAUCAACGGGCACUUCAGGGGAAGAUGCUGGUCCCAGAACCACUGCCAGAGAAUGUGCCUUGACCGCUGUAAGCAUGACGCAUGUAACGUCCACGGCCAAUGCUGCCACAACCAGUGCUUGGGUGGCUGUUCAGAGCCGGGCAAUGCCAGCAGCUGUGUAGCCUGCAGGAACCUUCAGCACGGCAACACUUGUGUUGAAAAGUGUCCCGCUGGAUACUACAUCUUUAGAGGCUGGCGCUGCGUCACCUUCUCUUUCUGUCAGGCGCUACACAACCAGUGCAAAGAGACCAAGAGACUGAACCAGGGCCGGGAAUCUGGUUGCCAUGAAUACGUCAUCCACAACGGCGCCUGCAUUCCAGAGUGUCCUUCUGGAUACACAACUAUAAACUCUUCUAUGUUGACAUGCUCGCCGUGCGUAGGCCUUUGUCCCAAACUCUGCGUGGGGAAUAAAACCAUUGACUCGGUCACCUCAGCCCAAGCUUUAAGAGGUUGCACUGUUCUCCAAGGCAACAUGAUCAUCAAGAUUCGAGGCGGGAAUAAUAUAGCUGCUGAGCUGGAGGCUAGUUUGGGUCAGAUUGAGGAGAUCACAGGCUACUUAACAGUUCGCAGAGCCUACGCCCUUGUGUCCCUCUCGUUCCUCCGUAAACUGCGCAUCAUCAGGGGAGAGCAUCUUGAGGGCGACAUCUACGCUUUCUAUGCACUGGACAACCAGAAUUUGCGUGAGCUCUGGGAUUGGUCCAAACACAACCUUACCAUCCAGCGCGGGCGCACCUUCUUCCAUUACAACUCCAAAUUGUGCAUGUCCGAAAUCAGCAAUAUGGAGAAGGUGACAGGUACCAAAGAGCGCAACCAAAAGAAUGAUAUUGCAGCUCGCACCAACGGUGACCAAGCCUCUUGUGAAACUGAACGACUAGAAUUUACACAAAUCAGGACAGCGUCAAAUAAGAUUUAUGUGAGGUGGGAGCCAUUUUGGCCGCUAGAUUUCAGAGACCUGCUGGGCUUCAUGGUUCUUUACAAAGAAGCGCCCUACAUGAAUGUGACAGAGUUAGAUGGGCAGGAUGCUUGUGGCUCCAACAGCUGGAUGAUCGCCGACGUCGACCCACCGCCACGCACUACCGACAACACGGAACAGAAAAAGCCAUACCAUUACAUUUGGCCCCUCAAACCGUGGACUCAGUAUGCCAUUAUGGUCAAAACCCAACUGUCUGCAUCUGACGAGCAUCAGGUUAAGGGGGCCAAGAGUGAGAUCAUCUACGUCCGUACCAAUGCCUCUAAGCCCUCAGUGCCUCUUGAUCCCAUUUCUUCCUCCAACUCCUCCUCUCAAAUAAUCCUCAAGUGGAAGCCUCCCACCAAUCCCAACGGCAACAUCACCCACUACCGGGUCAUCUGCCGCAAGCAACCCGAGGACAGUGACCUCUACAAGUUUGACUACUGUCUGCAAGGAAUGAAGCUGCCUUCCCGGACCCCGACGCAGCUGGACAGCGAUGAAGAGCAGAAGUGGAACCACACGGACGUGCCGAACACAAGAGACAAGUGUUGCGCAUGCCCAAAGACUGACAUUCAGCUUAAGAAGGACCAAGAGCAAAUUGAGUUUCGCAAGACCUUUGAAAACUACCUUCACAAUGAAGUCUUUGAAAGCAGACCUUCACGUCGACGACGAUCAGUGGGAGUUGCCAAUGCCACCGAAUUGCCUUUCCUUCUCCCCACAGCGCCCAGCAUUCCCAACGGUUCUACUAAAGCCGCACCUAAAGUUGAGGAUGAGGAAGGCACCAAGAUUGAACUGAAGGUCUUCUCAAAAGAAUCAACAGUUAUCUCUGAUCUACAACACUUCACCAGUUAUAGGAUUGAGAUCAUGGCCUGCAACCAUCCCACAGAUCUCCAACGCUGCAGCAUGGCAACUUACAGAAGUGCUAGAACUAUGCCAGACGUGAAAGCAGAUGACAUCCCAGGACCCGUGACUCAUGAGUUAAUCAACGGUGAACCUGGAUCUGUGUUCAUUAAGUGGAAGGCGCCCGUCUCUCCAAACGGUCUCAUCAUCCUGUAUGAGGUGUUCUACAAGAAGGUUGGAGAGACUGUGGUCCACACAGCCUGUGCUUCCCGGCCUGCCUACCUGAAGUCAGGUGGCACGAAGCUGUCACUGGUGCACCCCGGGAACUACAGCGUGAGGGUCCGUGCAAUCUCCUUGGCAGGGAAUGGCUCUUUCACAGAAACCGCCUACUUCUUCAUGCCCAACAAGGAUCCUGGUAUAAUUGGAGUUGUGAUUGGCCCUGUUAUCUGCUUCAUCUUGCUGUUAAUCGUGGGAGGUGCUGUCUUCAUGGUUUUCAAGAAAAAGCAAACAGAAGGCCCCACCGGACCUCUUAUUGCCUCCUCAAACCCAGAGUACCUCAGUGCUAAUGAUGUUUAUGUUCCUGAUGAGUGGGAAGUGCCGCGAGAGAAGAUCACAGUGCUCGGAGAGCUGGGCCAGGGUUCCUUUGGCAUGGUGUACGAAGGAAUCGCCAAAGACAUCGUCAAAGGCGACCCUGACACCCGUGUGGCCAUCAAGACGGUCAACGACUCGGCCAGUCUGCGAGAAAGGAUAGAGUUCCUUAACGAAGCUUCUGUCAUGAAAGCCUUCAGCUGUCACCAUGUGGUACGUCUCUUAGGUGUUGUGUCAAAGGGUCAGCCCACACUAGUAGUGAUGGAGCUAAUGACACAUGGUGAUCUGAAGAGCUACCUGCGAAGUCUCAGGCCUGACUCUGAGAACAACCCAACUGGUCGUCCUCUGCCUACCCUGAAGGAGAUGAUCCAGAUGGCUGCGGAAAUCGCAGACGGCAUGGCCUACCUGAAUGCCAAGAAGUUUGUGCACAGGGACUUGGCAGCCAGAAACUGCAUGGUGGCAGAGGACUUCACUGUCAAAAUUGGAGAUUUUGGUAUGACUCGAGACAUCUACGAGACAGACUACUACCGUAAAGGAGGGAAAGGCCUGCUUCCUGUCAGGUGGAUGGCCCCGGAGUCUCUCAAGGAUGGAGUCUUCACUGCCCACUCUGACUGCUGGUCAUUCGGCGUCGUGCUGUGGGAGAUCAGCACGCUAGCAGAGCAGCCUUACCAAGGCCUGUCCAAUGAACAGGUUCUCAAAUUUGUCAUGGAUGGAGGAUAUCUGGACCGUCCAGACAACUGUCCAGAGAGGAUGCACAACUUAAUGCAGAUGUGCUGGCAGUACAAUCCCAAAAUGCGGCCAAUGUUCCAUGAGAUUAUCGAGAUGCUGCGGGAGGACCUGCAUCCGUCUUUCCAGGAAGUCUCCUUCUUUUACAGCGAGGAGAACAAGGUCCCCGAGACCGAGGAAUUUGACUUGGAUUUGGACAACAUGGAGAGCAUCCCCUUGGACCCCUCCUCGUACUCCCAGAGAGAGGAGAGUUUAGGCAGGGACAGCGGGCCCUCCGUGGCUCUCAGGGGGAACUAUGAGGAGCACGUGCCCUACACACACAUGAACGGUGGCAAGAAAAACGGACGAAUCUUAUCGUUGCCCAGAUCUAGCCCUUCCUAACAUUUCCCGUUUACCCCAAAAGAACUCAAUGAACUGGCCCAACCUCAACCUUCCUUUCUUUUCUCCUCCCACCUGCUCGGAAUCGUUCAUCCUUUUUGGAGAAGACCUUCUCGACACACACACACAGAUCUCAGGACUUUUACUUUUUCUUCUUCAUGACUGCCAAACACUGGCUAGCAAGGGAUGCAAACAACAAAUGGGUCUUUUUUUUUUUUUUUUGUAUAAUCCUUCUGUUUCUCGCUGUCGCCACGUUUCCCAGACGCAUUAUGAUGCAAACGGAGUGGCAAAAAAAGAACUGUGAACACGAGGAACCUUAGACACAACCACAAGGCUGCUUUCAUGCUCGACCUCUUUAAAAACGUGGCUCUCCCUUCCACUGGGCGUUUCUUCGCAUUUACGUUUCUUGUCCUGACUCAAGUCUUUUUACUCAGUUAGUGGCCUUUGGAUAUGUGGCCUACACAGGAAAGAGAGGUGUCUCUCUGCUGGUUUCCUUUUUGAACGAUGAUUUCAUUUCAGUUUGGAAGCGGUGGGAUGAGUUGAUCACAGAACAAACAUCUAAUCAUAGAGGAACGUUGGGUCUUUUGCUUUUUUUUUCUUUCUUCUGGUUCUGCUGAAUUCCAAAAUGACACACAUAUUCAUCGGGUGAAUAGUUUUAAUUUAUUUGCUUUGGUUGUUUUCUCUCUUUUCUAUUCAUGUCCUCACUUACAGUUUAUGGCUGAAGGAUAUUUAAACCGUUGUGAAUUGGAUAAACGAGUUCCUCAGACUGACCAAUAGCUGCUGCUUUGAUAUAUUUUACUAGGUAUAGAAAUAUAAAAAUUUAUAUAAUAUAUAUAGUAUAUAUGGAAUAUUGGUAUCGAGAUACCAACAUUUUAUAUAUAUAAUAUAUGACAUUGAUGUUUUUGUAUAUAGUUCAUAUUUGUAAUAUUUUUCAUCAAAAGCUUUGUUAGUAUCUAGAUUUUAUUUUUUUGCCAAUGUUUUUCCUUCAAAUGUUUUUAUUUUUAUAGCCCCAGAUAUCCCACUAAUCUGCCAUCAGUGCUCUCUCCUCUCGUUGUGUGACCACCGGAACGGGAAUUAGCUUCAACCCCAAUCCUUUGUCUUUGUUGUUCUUAUGAAGCCCCUCGGACCCUUUCUCUAUAUGAAGAGGAGACUUUUUUUUUUUGCAAUGCUACAACAUACCAAAAGAUUUAAAGAGGAAUGAGGUCACACGACGUCUGAUCACACUUCGGUCCGAGGGCGGCCCGAUGAAUGUACUUUCUCUUUGAUAGCAACACUAGUCCUGUAUGAGCUCCGAGUGUCCUAAAUUGGCUUUGCCUGUAUGAUCCUUUAGUCUACUUAACAAGCAGAGCUCGUCAGAAUCGUAAAUCUAGCUGAAUAUCCGGCACGGAUGAAAAGACAGCUGCAACUGUACCCCCGUUGUUUCCUUGAUAAAUUUUGCUCUGCAUGUUUCUUCUACUUGUAAUGCUUUACCUGCUGCCCCAUAUUCCACUCCCAUUUUACCUGCAAUGGCCACAAAGUUCCAGCAGUUACUGGAGACGGGUGAUCUUGUUAAGUGAGGGCUUGUAAGUGCUAAUCGUUUUAGUCGUAUUCUAUACAUUGUUUCUUUCAAAUUGUGUUUUGUAAUUGCAACAUUGCUGGAGUCUAAAUGUGCACUAAAAAUCGGAUCCCGGCUUUUCAUUACAAACCGAUUUCCAAAAUCGUUGGGACACUGUACAAAUUGCGAAUAAAAACGGGAUGCAAAGGAAGUGCCAAAUUUCAAUAUUUUUUUUCUGAGUGUUUUGAAACAUAGAUAACAUUUCAAAGGUUUACACUGAGAAAAUGUAUCAUUUUAAGGGAAAACUAUGGUGAUGGUGUCAACGAAUCUCCAAAAUAUUUUCACCACGUCAUCUUCUUACAACAGUCUGCAAACGUCUGGGGACCAAGGAUACUUCUUUCUUAAGUUUAGAAAUGGGAAGACAGCCGUAUUCUUGUCGAAGACGGUCCUCUAUUUCAGUGUUUUUCAUCUUUUUCUGUGUCACGGCACAUUUUUACAUUAGAAAAAAUCGGCACACCACAAACCAUAAAUGUUCCAGAAUUACUCUAUACAGUUUAUGUAAUUAUAAAAUAAUUUGUCAAUAUUUAUACUUACUUAGUUUGAAACUUGAGCCUGUACAGAUGAAAACAAGGCCGAUAUCCUGGCAGGAAUCUUCGUCGACAGCUCUCAGUCUCUCUGUUUUUUGUUUUUGUUUUUUUUUAUAGCAGUAAGGCUUCAAAAGCUUAGAAUUAUCAGACAGGGGGACUUAAGCAAUGUCUUUAACCACAUCAGGGCAAAGCAUCGCGCUGAUGAUGGCUUUGCAGGGAGGCACACUAUAUGACUUUUUGGAUUUAGCAACAAGUUAAGCAACAAGGUAAUUUGCUUUGAGGGCUUUCUCAUUUACCUUUGUAGUGUUUCUCAAAAAAGUUGCCUGUCCCUCUGUUUUCACGAAGGCAAACAAAAUAGUCCACGACUUGUUUUGAAACGAGGGCAAAUGCAACUGCUCGUUGCGUGUUCAAGAACUGCCUGGUAGAGGAGUUCCAGAAAAUUGAUUAUUACAUGCAUCGCGAUUCGACACGUGACGAUUCGAUUACGAUUCAUAAAGGUUCAAAAAUGAUGUUUUUCCCUCAUAACUUUAUGGCAGCCGCUCAUAGCAGAACGAAAUUCAAGACACGUCUGCCGCACGUUAAGUUGGAUGCUGCUGGUUAGUGAGAGAGAUUUACUCCUUUUUAAAAGACUGGAAAAUAAAUUUGUGUAUGAGAGAGGUGGUAACCCGGUGGUCGCGCUUUUGUGCGCAAGUUAUUUUUUUAGAGCAAGAGGGGAAGAGAGCUAGUUUGUUGCUCCUUGUCAUUUAGAUGUCCAGCAGUAGUUUUAAGGCAUUUCAAUUGAAAAAUUUCCUGAGUGUGUUGCUAAGACCCGUGUGCAUCUAAAAGAGGUGCGUACACGAGCCCUAUUGUACUGUUUAGCCUUUAUUGUUGUUGUUUUUGAGAUGUUAAUAGUUAGCGCAAAGCGCUAAGCUAAUUAGCUAAUUCGCUAAUGUGUAUUUCAUAUGCAGAACGUGUAAAACCACGAUUAAGUACAGCGGUAACACUACAAACAUGCUUAAUUGGUACAGAAUUCUGUGAAAACCAAGUAUAUUGGUUAAAAGAAGUCUUAAUAUCUAAAGAGAUUUUGUUUCCAGAAAAUGUGGAAUUCGUUCCACCUGUGUAAAUUUUGAGAGAAAUGUUGAGAGAAAUAAGUACUCCCUUUAAAAUGGUUAAUGUUUUUGCACUUUCUUGUAAUAAAAUAAAUAAAGCAGCUGAAGGGCAGCUUUUCGUUGUAUGGGCAUGUUUCCAUCGUUCCUGUUGAAUCAUUAGGAUAUUUUAAAUAAAUAAUGGACAUAAAUUUGUUUGGCUACUGUAUUGAGUAGUAAUGUACGAUGCAUCAAUAAUCGCGAUGAUCGCGAUCAUCGUUUAAUAAUUGGAUAGUAAUACCCCGAAUCGGAAUCAGUCUUUCAGACGAAAAUACUUAUGCGUCUUAGUCAUAUUUUAGUCAUUUCAAUAUGUUCGUCUUCGUCUAGUUUUAGUCGACAAUUCUCAAAAUGUUUUCGUCUAUAAACUUCAAAAGGUUUCCAACAAUUUCGAAUGAAGAUGACAGAUGUGCACAUAACUGUAGAGUCUACAAGGACUUCACCAUUUUCAUGAUGAUAAUACACUCAGGAAGAAAACGGCACAUUAUUUGCAAUUAAUUAAACUCACCUAGACGCCACAAACUGUAUGUAAAAUGUUUUCCAAGCGUUUAAGAAGACAUCAAGUCAUCGCGCAAAAUGCUAAUGCUAACGCAAAUGCUAUGCUAUCACUACAAGUUAGUUUAAGGUGUGAUCACUCAGCACAGGCUAAAGCAACAUGGCAUAGCCAAGAUAAGGCAAAACUUACCAUGUCGCACCUGACACGUUUCACAAAAGAAGCCUGGAAUAGGCACACUCAGCACGUCACAUGAGUGACACGACCAAACACUGCUAAAUGCGUUCUAGCUACACAUACAAUCAGAAAAUAUCACACAUUGUGAAUUUAUGACGGAAACUGGCGAAUUUUCAUCUCGUUCUCGUGUCUUCAGACGACAACUGGCAUCCAUUUCGUUAUGUCUUACUCUCCCAAGACACGUUAUCAGCUCGUCAUUGUGACAUCAUCGCCCUGAAAAAAAUGUUCGUUAACGAAUUAUUUUCUUUAUCGUCAUCGUUGACGAAAACAACACUGCUGGAUGGGAGAUGCGGUAUUUGUUAUAUUCUCAAAUCUUUGUGCAUUGCCUUUCCAUGUGCAAGCUGCUCAUGCGACACACUGCAAAAACACACCACUUUAAAACUAGGUAAAUUCCCUUGUUUUCAGUGUAAAUCUACUAGAACUAAGUGUAAUUAUCUGCCAGUGCUUCAAGUACAUUUUACCCAUAGAUUUCUUUAAAAAAGAAAAAGCUAGCUGAAAAUGAGUUUAACAGAAAUUUACUUUUAAAAAAAAAAAAAAAAAAAAGCUUUGAAAUUUAAAAUGUUCUUAAUUCAAGAAUAGCUAUUGUUCAAAACAUUAUUUGAAAGCAAAUCAGGGCUGCAGCUAUAGAUUAUUUUAGUAGUCGAUAAAUAUAUGAACUAGUUUGAAUAAUCGAGUAAUCCAAUCAGGAACCUAAAAUACUUGAGCUUAGACUCAAACGGCAUAAAAAAAAUAAAUGAGGUUCUCAGUACAACAAAAGAACAAUUGGCUAACUUACGUAGUAAAAGUCCGCUAGCUUAAGUGCUAUAAAAUGCUAACUUUAUGUUGUUGUUGUUUUUUUUUUUACAAUGCGCUUAACAGAUUGUUCAAACACAUACUCCCACGGUUAUGUAUUCCUAUAAACUAAAUUACGAAUGCAUUAAAAACCAUUAGCUCAAACAAAAACUUAGCUUAUGUUGGUUUUAACAGGGAGCAUCUGGAUUCAGCCAUAUUAAAUGACUUAUGUCAUAUUCACUGUUGCCACUAGAGGGCAGUGUAACCACCCAAAUUAAUAAUACAAACACUUUCAAAGCAAACCAUUACAAAGCCACUAUAAUUAAGCGAAUACUCUAAACACCAAAAUUUAAUUUGAAUCUUUUUUUUCUAAUCAAAUUAGUCCAGUUAAUCGAUUAAUCGUUGAGGCACUAAAGCAAAUUUCUCGAUUUAGGUGAAAACGACCAACUUUUAGAUGUAUGCGAUUAAUAAGAACAAAUAGUAAUAUUUCAAGUGUAAUAAUCUGACACAACAAGCUGUUAACUAGUCUUUAACACUCAGAACAAGAUUGGGAAAAUUAUUUGACUAGAUUUAAGAAAAAUAAUCUGAAUUAGAUGUUAUAAAUUUGCAGUGCACACCCUCAUGAAACCCCAAUAUCAUCGCUGUAGUCCCGAUAAUAUGUCGCCCUAGUUCUCCAUAAAAAAAAAAACUUUGAUUAGUGAUUCUUCUGACCACCAAACAGUUGUCUAAUUUUCCACACUCCAUUUUAAAUCAUGAAAACACCUGUGCUUCUGAGUCCUGUUUAGAAAUGCCUUCAUCUUUGCACUGUAGAGUUUUCACCUGGCAACGGCGGAUGGCACAUUGGAUUGUGUUCACUGGCUAUGGUCUCUGCAAGUUUUGCUGAACCCAUUCUGUGAUUUCCAUUGCAGUAGCGUUCCUGUGUCUGGUGCAGAGUCAUUUAAGGGCCCAGCAUACAGUAUAGUUUUUCGGUCUUGACCCUUUCUAACAGAGAUAGUUGUAUAUUCUGAUAUGCACUGUAGGUGAUGAUAGAGACAGGCACUGCCACUCUGAAAAUUCAGUCUUUUUAUACUCAAUCAUGUUGCCAGUGGACCUAAUUCAAGGUAAUUGCUCUGUGAACUGUUAGUUUUAUGUGCAAUUGAUUUUUACAGCCUCUUAAUGCGACCAGUCCCAACUUUUAUGAGAUUUGUUGACACCAUGAAAUUUAAAAUCAAGGUAUUUUCUCUUGAAACAUUACAAUUUCUCAGUUUAAACUUUUGAUUUGUCAUCUAUAUUCUAUUUUGAAUGAAAUAUUGAAAUUUUCCACGUUCACAUCAGUGCAUUCAGUUUUUAUUGAGAAUUUGUAUAACUUUGCAACUUUUUUGCGAAUCUGAUUUGUACCUCAUGAAACUAAUCUUCCAACUGCCCUCCUGGCUUAAAAUUGAGAUCUAUUUGUAAAUCGCUAAGAUAUCCAGUAGUAUGCAUUGCAGUUGUCCACCUUGCUCAUUGGUUGAGGACUGACGAGGUUUGAUGAUACAUGGCUAGAAAUGUCGACAUGUACUUUAGCCUACCCCGUUGCAGUGCCUUACCUAUGGAUUUUGUAGUAUUAUACUCCACAAUCCUGGCUGAAAUGCAUCUCCUUAACUCACUUGACGGUGAACUGAUUUGCUUAUUGUUGCUCUACAGUGGAAAACCGUCAGAAGUCAGGUCUGACAUUGUGGGAUUUAGUAGCAUCCAAUUGCCCUCAGUAAUUUAUCUUGUCUACUUCUUUCAGGAGUGUUAUCACUAUAAACGAAUUUGCCCAUAUCAGAUAAUAAGUGCGCAACUUUACGCCCACCAAUCGGGCCCGGUAGCGUUCGCCGGCUUUCUGGUUAGCCCAAAGUGGUUGAAUCUUUUGGAAAAUCUAUUUCAUUCCUGUGCCUUCUCCGAGCUGUAUUUGCGGAGUAUCGUCUGAGGAGUCUGGUCUAUCAUCUGUGACGUCGUUUAGAAUGCAUGAACAUGGUGGACUUGAGCUGUGUCACACUGAUAUUGUUUCCAAAAAUUUUUGGCGCUAAGGAAUGAGGAUACCACUUUAAUUUAUUCAUAAAUUUGCCCGAAUUAACAUUAUCUUUACUCAUUAGUCGUCAUUGGUUGCCAGAGACGUCGAAUUGUGACUACACUGUGUUGAACAAUGUUAGUUGUUUUAGGUUUGACUGCUGUUUUUAACUAAUUUUUGGGUGCAGAAUCUUUUUUUCUAACACGUCAAUUUUUAAGUGAUAUGUUUUCUUAAAUUAUGAAAACACUAUAUUUAACAAAUGUGCUUUUUUAAUAUAUAAAAAUGUUUAACAUACAUUCAUUACCUUUUAUACCUGCCUAUCCUCACGAGGGUCACGGGGGUGCUGGAGCCUAUCCCAGCUCACUGCGGGCAGGAGGCAGUGUACAUCGUGAACUGGUUGCAAGCCAAUUACAGGGCACACUGAGACACAACCAUUCAUGCUUAUACUCAUACCUAGGGACAAUUCUAGAGCAUUCAAUCAGCCGACCAUGCCUACCACCAAACCACAGUACCUGGAGAAAGCUCACACAAGCAUGGGGAGUAGGCAUGUGCCGGUAUGAGAUUUUGACAGUAUGAUAACGUUAGGCAAAAAUACUGCGGUUUCACGGUAUUGCAAUUAUAGCUCUAAAAUGUGUUAUUUAGAGAUAUAUGGGUUUAAAAAAAUCCAUUGAACAGGAUUUUUUAUUUUUCACAACAUAUUUGCAAAUUGGAACAUCACCAUGAAUAUAAUGAUAAAAUAUUGCAGGCACUUCACUGACUUUAAAGCUCAUCUCAACAUUUUUCGUGACUUGCUCAUUUUCUACAUAUUUAUCGCUGUACAAGUUAUGAUGCAGGAAUGUAUGUUCAAUGACCUUUUCAGGGUUAAUAUACCACUACUACUAUUAAUAUUUAUUAGUUUAAUAUUAACAGAGAUGGCGCGUGUGUGUAUGACUUGUAUCAUUAUUUACACAUUAUACACCCCCCCCACACACACACACACACUUUUUCUCUCAACACAGAAAGUCACCAGAGAGAAAAAAAAUACCACAGACUGUAUUAUGAAAAUGUUAUUUUGAACAGAUGUUUACGAUGGCGGAGGACUUUACAAAAAGCACACUAAUAGCGAGAAAACUAGCUAGCCAUCUUGGCCUGCUAACUAGCCACGUUAACAGCCUCGUUAACAAGCAGUAAACCUUGAAACCGGUAACCAGCACAUGCCUAAUGGGGAGAACAUACAAACUCCACAUGGGAAGGUCAGAUCUUGAUGGCAGAACUGUUAAGCGGACAUGCUAACCAAUGUUGUUCAACAUCAAAUGAAAUACUUUACAAAAUACAUAAAUGAAAUAAAACAGGCAUGACUUCAAUGUUUAACACUAUUGUGUUUUAAAAAGGAUAAAGCUAGUUGUCCGCAUGUAGUAACAAUGUAGUAGCUUACGUAGGUAAGCAAUGGAGAUAAAAACGACGCGAGAGAGAAACAGUUUUGGAUUCCACACCCAUAAAUUAGUCAAAAAUAGCCGUCAGACCAAAAACAACAGAUUUUUUUUCAUAUUGUUGUCCAGUGUUAAUCUAUCUGUGACCAUUUAAGUGUAAUUAGAUAGGGUUGUUUUGAAUCACUGUACUAAUUUGAUGUCCUACAUCAUGUACUGUAACAGCACUAUUUGGCUUUCCAAUACAUUUUAAAUCACUAAAGCAGUUCAAAGCUUAAAUACUAAAUAAGGUGAACACAGCUCUUGGCCUAUUGUAAUGGGAUAUGCAAUUCUACAUCAAGACGAUGCCCUUACUUGUAGAUAUUUAUUUUUAGUUACGAUUGAGAACAAAACAUCAGAGCAUCUGAGUUGAGCAUUCAAAAAAAGAAAAAGUAAGUGUGUAAGGGUGGAGCGAUGCAUUAGUCCAGUUUGUCGUUGUUGGCGAAUGUUUUGUUAGGUACUGUUGUUGUCCGUGUUGUUUUUCGGCCGGAGUCUACCUCAGUGCAAACGGAGGAAUCACACCUGAUGCUCGCCCGAAAUCCUUUCUUUUUAAACAUUGCUCACGUGAGUCAUCUCCUUCUGUCUGCUUCCUACCUUACAUGCAUAUUAUGGGCCUUUUCACAUCUAUCUUUUGACGCUAAUGUACUAAGAUCCUUCAAGAUACGUUUUUCUUCUUUUGAAUGGCAGACUUGUACACUGAAUGGACCAAAGUACUGGGGCACCAAAGCAGUGAAAAUGUCAAUGUUUAUAUGGCUGUUCCAAUCCAUUUAAUCCAUGGCAGUGAGCAUUUACUUCCAGUCCUCCCACUUCAAAUUGAUUGGAUGUCUAUCACUGUCAUUGGCAGCCAAUGAGUUAAAAAAGGGUUGUGUCUUAAGACUAGAGGUCGACUGAUGUGGGAUUUUCAAAUACCGAUACCGAUAUCUAAAAACAUUUUCAGUCAAUUGCCGAUAUCCAAAGCCAAUUUUGUAAGACGGUAUUUGAGGCCGAUAUACUUUUCUUUUUAAAGCACAUAGAUUAUAAAAGGUAAUUAAAAACAAAAAAAAAAACGCUUCAACGGCUUCAAAUUUACGAUGAUGACCUGCAACUUAAACGAUUAAUUCGGUCUUGUGCUACCAAACCAACGGACGCACCACUGGACAAGAACAGUGCAUUAUUUUCAAAUAAUUAAACCCAACUGGAUGUAAAAAGUCAGAGUUUAAGAGGAUGCUCAUCAUGCUAAAGCUAAUGCUAACGCGAAUGGUAUGCUAGCACUACGAGCUACAUUUAGAGUAGGCACGUACCGGUAUGAUAUUCUGAUGGUAUGAUAACCUUAAGCCAAAAUAUCACGGUUUCAUGGUAUCAUAGUAUUGCGUUUGCAGCUUUAAAAUGUGUUACUUUGAGUUAUCUCGGUUUAAAAAAAUAAAACUUUUUCCAUUGAACAGGAUUUUUCAAAACAUAUUAGCAAAUUGGAACAUAAGUAUAAUGUUAAGUUAAAAAAAAAAAUAAAUAAAUAAAAUUAAAAUAAAUGCAGUCUUUUAGAUUAGCCCACAGCCACAGUUCAAGAUUAUUACCAUCAGAACAAAAAUAAUUGAAUUAUUUUCCAUAAAAAGCAUAUGUGUAUGACUCGUAGUAUGUUUACAUUAUACACACACUCUCUCAACAAUGUUGCCAGAGAGAGAAAAAAACAUGUCUUACAACCGCUAGACACACUAAACACGCUGUAGUUAACGUUCGUAGCUGGUGGGAAACCUUCAUGACGGUGUUUGCUAACCUUUAUUUUGCAUAAAUGCGAAAUUAUAUUGGAGGUAUUGCCUCCUCUGCAGCCACCCUCCGCAAACUUGUUUUACAUGUCGGUUGGCCCUCCUUCUCUUAGCCGCAGCCAUCUGUAACUUUCCUGUAGCUGAAGUAUUCUCAUAGCAGCGAUUUCGUUUUCUUCGAUAGGGAAAAAAGAUCAGGAGUUUCAUCUCCUCCAGCAAUCGUGUAGCACAGCUGACUCACUGACACUGAGCAACAACCAGUGGGGGAGGGUUGAGCCUUACAGCUGCAAGCAGGGGAUUUCGCCAUGCAUUUUUGGGACAUAAAAAAUAGCUAAUACCUUUGGGGCGGUAUGACGGAAAAAUUUUUUGAAACCUUGACGUUUUCAUACCACGGUAUACCUUGAAACCGGUAAUCGCACAUGCAUAAUUUAGAGUGUAAAGAUCACUCAGUCAACACCUUAAAAGGCUAAAGCAACAUUGCAUAUAUUCUUAUUUAAGAUUAAUAAAAUUUACAACAUUCACAAAACAGGCAAGGCUGAAGCUUCCUGUAGCAGCCUGCCUUAAAGCUGCUGCAGGGUCCUUCCAGGGUCCUACCGUCAGUCAGUGGCGACCCCAGUUGCCCACAGAGAUGCCUGCUCAAAAUCCCUUUUUUUUUUUUUUUUUUUUUUUUUUUUUUUUUUUUUUUAAAAUCAGUUGAUGCGUUUUGUUGAUGGCCGAUGCUGGGAAAAAGUCCAUAUAUCGGUCGACCUCUACCCAAGACCUAAAUCCAUGACGUGUAUCAGUGCUUAUAGUUUCCUUGUCUUUUGUGUUCUGAAUGUUCAACUGUGAAUACCCCCCCCCACACACACACACACACAAAUUAAAAGAAUUAAGUAUAUUUUCAAUGUUGGAAAGGACAAAGCUGGACUGGGACAAUCCUGUUUGCCAUAAAAACUCAAAAUCUCGAUUGUAAUUUAUUUUUUUAGUCUCAGGGAGGCGGCCUGAGGAUGAAGAAAUCCACCUUAGCUACCUUUGAUAUCAAUUGUGACUGAAGAGGAAGUUCUAAGCAACUUUCCAAAAAUGGAAGCGUUAAGAACUCACCUCUCCCCUCCUUCCACAAAGUUAACAUCCUCUCUACUUUUGGAGACAAUCAGGAAAACCCUCAGAUCACCCUGACGUCAAGUGACUUGGACUGCCUCCCAGUGGCUGGAUGGGAGCAUUGCAAAGCAAACUCACCCACAACAGUGCCUUGCUCUAACAUCCCUCAAGAGGACCUCCAAAUAUGAACCCCUAUAAAAUCUGUUUUUCUAAACUAACUACGUGCAAAUCAAACUGUUGAAUGAAAUGAAAUUAAGAUUUGAUGAUUUGUACCAAAAAAAGAAACCUGGAACUUUUGUGUCUGCUCUGCUAAGCUUGCUUUAUGCAUGGAAAACGGAAUGAUGUAUACCAGCGGAUAGCUUCUUUAUGUGACCAUUUUUGAAGAGAGAGAGAGAAAAAAAAAAAAGAAUAUAUAUAUUGCAAUCAAUCUUCUGCCCAUUUUUGUCAGCACACGCCAAACCCCAUCAAAUAAGUCCCAUUUUGGGUAUUCCCAUUGUGAAUGCACCCCUACAUUCAGAAAAAUAAGCUGAUUAAGUCGCUCGUAACAGUAAAUAGCAUCAGAUCCCCCUCGUCUUCUGCCCCCUAAAAAUUAAAGCACUUGAUUUAGGGAAGUCUGCUCCCUUCGUGACCUUAAAAAGAUACAAAUGAAAGAGAAGGAAAUAAUUGCAAAGAUGUUGUUGACAGGUGACGUUAGAAACUUAUUGGGAAAUACUCACUUUGACAUUUCCCACGAGAAUUAAUGGGAAGUGACUUUCAAAGACUUGCUUGCGUAUACAGUGGUACCUCUACUUAUGAAAUUAAUUGGUUCUGGAAGUAGUUUCGUAACUUGAAAAUUGUAAUCCAUUCCAAACCCCCCCACCCCCCGUCCCCUGAAUUCAUUCAUAAAUCUUUAAUAAUUCAUUAAAACAUGUAACAAAUACAUGUUACAAUUACAUUAUUGCACAAUAAACAUAAAAUCAGAGUUGUGCGUAAUGUAAAACUAAGAAUAAAAGUUAAUACACUCAUGUAAAGCUGUCAGAACACAAGGGACGAAUAAAGAGGAUGCUGGGAUAGACACAUACACAUACAGUAGAGGUACUUCUUAGCCAAUUGAAUGCCAGGAAUGCUUAGCAAUAGCCAAUAGCAAAGCAGCUCUAAGUAUGAUACGUUUCGUAAACUCUGUGAGCUGCGAGUACCAGCCAUACUCUUAUUUUUGCCUUUCGUAACCUUUUUUUUUUUUUUUUUUUCGUAACAAGAGGCAAUAGUUUCCCGUUGAGGCGUGUCUUAACUUGAAAAUUCUGUAUGUAGAGACAUUUGUAAGUAGAGGUACCACUAUACUGUUUUUAAAUGUUUGGAAUUUUUGCCUCUUGAUUGAUCGACUGACUAAAAUUUCAUGAUAGGUUAAAUGUAUAUACAAAUUGUAUUUUUUAACAUUACGUUUAUUUAAAAUCAGACUUGUGUGGUAAAUUUAAUUCUGAUAGUGUAAAUAUAGAUUUAUGCUGGUCUUAGGGGUGUAAAUCGGUGAUUUCAUUUGUUUUGACAUUUUGGUCGGUGAAACAUUACAUUUUUAAUGAAAAUCAUUCUUUACAGCAUAUUUAAAAUAUGAAGUUCAUUGAUGUUUUACAUUUUGAUCGAUCACAAUUUGAUUGUGCUUAACCAAUCGAAAUAUCGAUCCAGAUAGAUGUAUCGUUAUACCCCUAGACUACAUUUAUUUGAAGCAAAUCAGUUUCAUUAGUGGUUGUUUUUCUGUUAAACUUUGAUAAGAUUAUAAUUUUAAAGAAAUAUGUGACCUAGUCUUCCCAUUAAUUCCCGUUCCAAAUGUCUACAUAAGAAAAAAAAAAUCCCUAGAUUGAUAGGUUGAGAACAAAGUGUUUGUGUUUUAUGUUGUUUAAAAAAGUAUUACCUUUUAGAGAGGUACUGAUUUCUAUUUUUAUUUUGUUAGCCAAAGUAGGGAGGGCAAACAAUGACUUUUUUUUUUCUUACUGUAAACGUUUACUACUCUUGUACAUUUUGAAUUUGUUGUUAAUGUGUAUAUAUCUUCAUUUAGUUGUUGUUUUCUAAAUCAAGAGGAUAUUUUUGUUGUUGUUGAUGACACAGCCCACUACAAUACACAGGAGAAGAGCCUGUGAAAACACACACGUACUGCGCCCGCUUUGUGGCACCCAACGUGCUUUCAAUCAACACUUUGCAUGCACCCAACAGGCCCAAAUGUAUCCCUGAGGCAUGUUUAGUUUGUGUUCUUUUCGUUUUCUAGGAGAAUAAUGUGUAAACUGGACGAGACCACUGUGCAUCCUUUGAAAAAGGGAGGAAGACGAGAAAUGAAAUAAGCUACAAAGAGUGGGUCUCCCACCAUUUUUCCCCCCACCUCAUUUACCCAAGUUGUAAAGCCGGAGUGUGACGGCUGUUAAGGCUAUGAAUAAAAUUCAAAUGGGAUGGAGGGUUGUUUUCAUAUUUGUUUUAGAUAUGGACACUUAGGUGUCUGUACAGUGAUCGGCUCCAGUUUUACACAGCAGUACUUUACUUAAUUGUGUUGUCUCCUCGGUGCACAUACAGUCGCUUCUAGUGGCCGCCAUGCUGUCGUUGCCGUGCAGGUUACCUCUUUAUUGUUCAUUUUUGGGGAAAUAUUGUGUAUACGUUCCUGUUGUGAGUCUGCAGCAGUCAGUGCGUGUGUGUAUGUUUGUAUAGUCCAAACCCAGAGAGUUCGCUUCAUCCCUCACACUGGAUCCAAAUGUGCCAUUAUCUAUCCACGUAUCGCAUACAUCAACACACACACACACACACAGAAUGACAUGA